CCUAUUUGAGUACUCUGGCAUGUAUACUGGUAUUGUAUUACUCGUUUUUUUGUGUAUGGUAUGUAUCUGAAUCUUGGAACGAAAAACAUCGACAGAUGGCCGAGGAACAUGUUAUGACUAAUAAUUUCCAAUUGAGCUUUAUGCAGAUAUAGAGAUAUUAAAAUAAUUAAAGCUAAGUGAGAGUAAACGACUGAGAGUAGUCAUCGUACGGAUAAUAUUUCUGAAGAUUAGUCGAAUUUGAAGUUACGGUUUCGUAUACUUAAUCGUGCAUCGGGUAAAUAGCGAAUGAAACAUGGCGUUUGUUUCCUUCAUAUGUUUCGAGAAUAUUGUCUUUUAAUUUUCUUGAUGCGAAUCGACGGUCGCCGAGAAGAGUAACGUUCCGAUGUGCCGAGGCCCCUCACCCUCGUAACAUUUCACCGCGAGCGUGCAGAAGUUCAAAUGCUUGUUCCCUACAUGCUCAAGCCAAAAAGAAAAUGACGAAAGAUAUUAUUAUUCGUGCCUGUUGAGAUGUGGAAUGUUUUUAAAAUACUGAGGAAUACAGGAUGACAUCGCGUAGUUACACGAAAUCUUACAGCCGUAAGGUCAGCAGCGUGACGCCUGGGAGUAUUCAAUUCGAUAAGCUUUUUAGAGAAAAUAGCAAUCGACCUUCUGCUGCUAAAUCAGCAGGAACUGUUGGAAAAUGGGGUAUAACAUCCUUCACAUCUAUCAGGAGCACAAAUAUCAAUGGAAGGAGAGAUGAUAUUCAUAAUACCUUCGGUGGGAAAAGAAUAAAACUUGAUUAUGGAAAUCAGAAUGCUCGCGUGAAUUCUGGAAAAGAUCCGUUUUCCUUCGAAACUGAUCCUGACAAUAAACCAGAUGCUGCACCACCAGUUGUAAAACCUAAGAAGUUUUUUAAGAGUAGAAACGUUCCACCUCCGGUAGAAGAAUCUCAUCAAGAUGCUGCAAUAUAUAGACAAGUACCUGAAUCACAGUAUGGUAGGGGUCGUACUCCGAAAGCCUCUCCGCAAACACCGCCGGCACUGUCACCAGCGACUACGCCACCAGCGAAGCAAUCUUUGACGAAAGUAACAAGUGCCCCAGCUAAGAAGAUCGCAGAGGUGUUAGAAGAUCCUCCGAUAAGAGACGAAGGGAAACCUCCCAUUGUGUUGAGAAUAUGCAAGGGUACGGCGAGAUUGGUAUGUGGAAAUGUGCAGAACAGUCAACAGCCAGAAUCGGAAACCUACAGAAUCUCUACGCCCCUUAUGAGCCCCACGAAAGUAGACGUGGAACGCAAGAACUUCAACGUGGACACGUUAAAGUCUGACAGUAAAUUAGUUCGUUCCCAUGAACCUAUAAUCUCUACAAUAUCAAUACCCUUAGAAAAUUCCGAGAUGCGUAGAACUACUCGUAGCCGAGCGAAGAAUCUGCAUUUAGAUUUAGCAACAGCGGCAACGACGACGACAACAACAGCAGCGGCGGCGGCUUCUAUCGUACCUACGGCGCCAGUAACACCCAACUCCCAUAGUUCUGGUCUUUCAUUAACUCUUAGGAAGUCCGUUACCGAUUCCAAUAAUACAUUGAUAUCUCAUUACGAUAUUGUUAAGACUGACUGCGGUUCAACAUACUCUAGUAAGCCGACGAUCGAACCACUGAUUGGGCGUGAUCAACCACUGCCAACAACGACCCAAGAACUAAUUGAUAUACUAUCAAGCGAUUCUGACCCAAUGCAAACGAGACCAAUAAUAGCGAAUGCUCCAGAGACUGAACCGAACGCUGCAGAGGUCGUUGCCCCGGAACAAGUUCAACGGUGUGCAAUAGAUAUCCCAGAAAAUGAAAUAGUUUCAGGAUCUACUUCGCAGAGCGAGCCUGAGGCGAAACUAGAGAUGGAAUCAGAACAGCCGGCGGUGGAACUACAACCAGAACCAGGACUAGGCUUGAGCUCAAGUACAGUGCCAGAACCAGAACCAGAAGUUGAACCGGAACCAGAGCCAGAGGCUGAACACGAUCCCGAACCGGAGCUAGAGCCUGAACCCGAUCCCGAAAUGGAAACGGAACAAACUACUCGUCCAGCCGAUAAUGAUAAUGCUACAGCGAAAACCUUGGUCGAUCAAGAUUGGUUCUCUGGGAGCGACGAUAGCGAAGGUGUGAACGGUAAUCAAGAGAACGAUAUACCGUUGCACGUAACAAGUACCGUCACAGAAUCCCAGCCAUUGAACACUCCGUGCACGACGACUCAAAAACCUGCUACUAAAAAGGGUAGCAUUUUCAAAAGUCGUUCGACGGGUGCUACGAACGGCAACAAGAGAAGAGCAUUAUAUAAGCACAAGUGGUGUGAUAGCGAUAAAGAGUCCAGCACCACGGACACUUCUAACGCUGGAAAUAGCACCCCUAUCACUGCUUCAGGAUCCGGUGGAACUGGUCCAGUGGCGUACGAAGAAGAAUUCGAUUCUUCUCAAUUAACGAGAGUAGUAACGUAUCCCGAAGCAGAUACAGGAUUCGAAGACGAACCUGACGCCAUAACAAGUAUCCGUUGCGGCAAGAAAGUUAAAGGAUUCUACACUGUAGUGAAAAAUGUAAAGAAAGCUCAUCAGAUCCAAGAGAGUGGAGAAUUUCAAGAGUUUAAUGAUGACGUUGAAUAUAUAUUAGAUACUUUAAGGGAAAACAAUCCGAACGCCACUCGUUGCCUUUCAGCUAUACGAUUGGCAAGCAAGUGUAUGGCACCUGCGUUCCGCAUGCACGUACGCGCUCAUGGGACAGUUGCCAAAUUUUUCAAAGCUCUUCACGAUGCAACGAAAGACCAGAGUCUUGCUUUAUGUACAGCAACUGUAAUGUUCGUACUAAGUCAAGAUCGUUUAGCUAUGGAUUUAGAUCGCGAUUGUUUAGAGCUAAUGUUAAGUUUAUUAGAAUCUGAUGCCAGUCACAAAGAUGCACUUGACGAUUGUGGCCUUAGCCGGGCAGAAUUAUUAAAAAAUAAAGAAAAAGUGCGCCAGCUGUGCGCCGAUAUUCAAGCUCAAGGACACGCAAAACAUUUGAAUCUUGAUAAUAUCACCGUUGGUCAACUCGCUAUGGAGACACUCCUUAGUCUUACUUCAAAACGUGCUGGUGAAUGGUUUAAGGAGGAACUUAGAGAAUUAGGAGGCUUAGAACAUAUUGUAAAAACGAUCAGAGAUUGUCAUCGUCAUAUUAACACCCAGGAAAUUACGAAAUCUGGAUGGACAGAUCCAUUAUUAGACAAAUUACGCAAAGUUGAUAGAUGCCUCCGUGUAUUAGAAAAUGUUACUCAUAUGAAUGAAGAGAAUCAAGUAUAUUUAUUAAAAUAUGAGAACGAAGUCUUAGUUAACACUUUAGCAAAUUUAUAUCAUCUCUGCGGACAAGAAAUUCCAGUUUACCCAACUAUUGAUUCAAGUGAUAAGACAUCCACUGGUGCUGUUAUUAGAGAAUGUUUGUUCGCUAUUAUUAAAGUCCUUAUCAAUCUCACGCAUCGAUUUAAUAGACAAUCUUUCGGAAGUAGGACUCUGGGCUCGCAACCAGGUGUUUUAGAUUGCACCCUAAACCUUUUGUUGCGCGUCCCCGAAUCGCUCCCAGAGGAGAAGCGUUUUGAUAUGAUGAUGCUGGCUCUCAUCUUAUUGAUUAAUUUAGUCGAGCAAUGCGACGAUAACAAGCAACUUCUAAUUGAAUCUAAAGCUCCUCCGUCGCCAGAAAAUAUUUUUGAUGCUGAGGAAAGUGGAGUCGAAUGUUUAAUCGACUUAUUUUAUAAGCAAGAGGAAUUAGCUCGCGCUGAAGAACAAAAAACCGACGCUAUUUUAGACGGUAAAAAGGAUUCCGAACAAACAGAAACUGUAUCGACUACGACUAAAACUCAAGAAGAAUUUAUUGAAGAAACUGUUACAAAAUUAUUACAAAAAGCGGGAUGUCAUAUGGAACAUACCUUGAUAGGAGCAUACGUAGUUCUUUUACUUGGUUACUUAAUAAUGGAUAAUAAGGAUUAUGAAUCGUUGGUACGCAGCAGACUUCCGGACAACAAUUUUUCUACUAUGGUAUCUGUACUUCAGAAGUUCUUCAAUUUUAUGAAUUUAACGGCAUCGAAUGAAGUAAGCAGCUGUGGAAUAGCUGCUACUGAAAAGGUGAUUAAGUUCCUAAAAAUGUCCGAUGCCCGCGUCAAAGAAGAGAAAAGCGAAUUACCAUUGUCAGCGUUAGAAGAUCCGAACAUAAUGCUCCAUUUAUCUUCGUCUUGAUUGAUAUCACAUUUACACAUUUGAUAUUUUUUAUUACCCUGGCAUGCAAGAAGAGCCAAAGUUAUAUAUGUCCAACGAAGCAAAUUCUACCUAUUACAGCAUGAACGGACUUGUUUCAUAUUGACUAUAUAUUUUGAUAUAUAUUUAUUCACUUACGUAAUUUAUUGCUGUACCAUCUAUUAAAUUGACUUACUUUUUCCCAAUUACAGUAACAUGCUAGAUAUUAAGCAAAGUAUAAGUUAAUUAUCCAGAAGUUAAUAAGAUGAAGAAGCACGCCUUGUAAUUACGCACUUCAAUGGCAUGUACAUGUAAUAUUAAUUUUAAUUUACGUGAUUCGCCAAUCAGUAAGUUUUCUUUUUUAGUUUUCCGAACUGUCAAGAAGAGUGAUAAAUUGUAAACUUCUUGCCAGAUUAUAAUUCGUUCGCUGUACGAUAAUGCAUAAAGUUUUAAACAUUACCAUUACCUACAAAUUUAUUUUACUUUUUAACUAUGUUCAAACGAUUGGCGGUGUUGGGGUUUUUCAGGACCCAUUUCAAAUUUGAGAUGGCAUUACUCUGUAAGUUUAUUUUAAUAUUAAAAUGAUACUAUAAGCCUUGUAAAUGUAAAUUUAUAAAUUAUAAUUGUAUCUUAAA